CCGCGCGCGGCCACGGUCCGCUCAACCCGAUGCCGCGGCCGGCGCAGCCCGAGCCCGAGCCGCCGCAGCCCGGCGGCGAGACGCCGCCCAUCCACCGCCUCCUCGAGCUGAUCAAGUCCGAGCCCGACCCAGCCUCCGCGCUCGCCCACCUGGAGCUCCUCGUCUCCACCUGGCCGGCCUACACGCCGCCCCAGCCGCUCCUCUUCCACCUGCUGCGCCGCCUCGCCACCUCCGCCCCGGCCCGCCUCCCGCGCCUCCUCGGCCUCCUCCCGAGCCUCCGCCACCGCCCGCGCUUCUCCGAGCCCGCCGCGCUCGUCGUCCUCUCCGCCUUCUCCCGCGCGCUCAUGCCCGACGCCGCGCUCGCCGCCUUCCGCCGCCUCCCUGCCUUCCUCGGCUGCAACCCGGGCGUCCGCUCCCAUAACGCCCUCCUCGACGCUCUCGUGCGGGCCCGUCGCUUCUCCGACGCUGACGCCUUCUUCGCGUCCCUCUCCCAUGGCGCCUUCGGGCGCCGCAUUGCCCCCAACCUCCAGACUUACAACAUCAUCCUCCGCUCCCUCUGCGGACGUGGGGACCUAGACCGAGCUCUGAUGCUCUUUGACUCCGUUCGCCGCCGCGGAGUUGCUCCAGACCGCGUCACCUACUCCACUCUCAUGUCUGGGCUUGUCAAACACAGCCGCUUGGACAUGGCACUUUACCUGCUCGACGAAAUGCCGACCUAUGAAGUGCAGCCUGAUGCGGUUUGUUACAAUGCAGUGCUCCGAGGGUGUUUCAGGAUUGGUGAGUUUGAGAAAGCUAUGCGGGUGUGGGAGCAGCUGGUGAGAGAUCCUGGUUCAAGUCCCAACCCCUCCACUUACAAUGCGAUGCUUGAUGGCUUGUGUAAACUUGGGAGGUUUAAGGAGGCGGGUGAGGUAUGGGAGAGGAUGAUUGCAAAUAAUCACCAAGUCGGCAUGAUUACCUAUGGGAUUCUGAUUCACGGUUUGUGCCGGUCACGGGAUGUGGAUGGUGCAGCAAGGGUAUAUUCAGAGAUGAUCAAGACUGGGCUUGUUCCUGAUGUUGCCAUAUAUAAUUCACUCAUCAAGGGGUUCUGCCAAGCUGGGAGAGUAGGAGAGGCUUGGAAAUUCUGGGACUCUACCAGUGUUUCUGGCAUCCGUAAUGUGAUAACGUAUAAUAUAAUGCUGAAGGGGCUCUUUGAUGGUGGCAUGGUCGAUGAAGCUAGAGAAUUGUGGGAGCUAUUGGAGAAAGACACUUCGUCCUCUCCUGACAUGGUGAGUUUUGGCACUAUGAUCCAUGGGUUAUGUGAGAAAGGCUUUGCUAACAAGGCACUUCAAAUCUUAGUGGAAGCACAGACCAGUGGUAAAAAAUUAGAUGCAUUCUCAUAUUCAUCCAUGAUAAGUGGACUGUGCAAUGAUGGGAGACUAGACGAUGCAGUUAAGUUAUAUGAAAAGAUAUCUAUGGAUGGCUGCAAACUGAAUCCUCAUAUUUACAAUGCACUAAUAAAAGGGUUCUGCCAAGCAUCUAAGUUUAGUGAUGCUGUAAGAAUAUACGGCGAGAUGGCAAACAAUGGUUGUUCUCCUACUGUCAUCACUUACAACACUCUAAUAGAUGGACUAUGUAAGGCUGAAAAGUAUCAAGAUGCUUCAAGCUUUACAAAAGAAAUGUUGGAGAAAGGUUGUAAACUAGAUGUCAAUACUUAUGCUUCAUUGAUUUGUGGCCUUUGUAGAGACAAAAAGGUUGAUGCUGCCCUUGCUCUGUGGAAUCAAAUUCUUGAUAAGGGUCUUCAGGCAGAUGUCAUGAUGCACAACAUUUUAAUCCAUGGUCUUUGUUCUGCUGGGAAAGUAGAUGAAGCUUCACGUCUUCUCUCUGAGAUGAAAGAGAAGAAUAACUGCCGCCCAAAUCUAGUGACCUAUAACACACUCAUGGAUGGAUUUUAUGAAAUGGGUUGUUUUGACAAAGCAGCGUCUCUGUGGACAGCUAUUUUAGAAAAUGGUCUGGUACCUGAUAUAAUUUCAUAUAAUACAAGAAUUAAGGGUCUAUGCUCUUGUCACAGAACACCUGAGGGUGUCCAAUUAUUGGAUGAGGUGCUUGCACAAGGAAUUGUACCAACAGCCAUCACAUGGAAUAUACUGGUCAGAGCUGUCAUCAAAUAUGGACCUAUUCAAAUAUGAUCUUUUAGAAUUUCUCUUGCUUCAGUGGUCAUAUAUCCUGUUCAAAGAUGACCUUAACAAAUCAGGCUAAUGGAAAUUCGACUCAGAGCACCUGAACAAACCAGGAACUGGCAGUGAACCAACCAUGAUCCAUCUGCAUGGCGUUCUAAACGCCGGCUUCACUUCCUGUGGAACUACAAGUUGAAUUGCAAUUUCUCCAUUAAAAGUAAUGGGGGCCUCCAUCAACUUGCUUUUGGUGGUGAUGUACCCUAUCCAUAAAUGACCUGAGCAACCAGGCAAGUGAAAGUUAGAGCAAUCCCCUCCAUUUCGCCUUGGCGUUUUAAAGUCGGCACUCACAAUUGUAUCAUGGAGUGUUACCAUCGGCCUAGGUAAGAGCUCUUUCAUUACUCUCUUUUCAGCCUCUGGUGGUGAUGUAUACCCUGUUCAUAAAUGACCUGAGGAACCAGGCGAGUGAAAAUUGGAGCAACAUUCCUCCAAUUCACCUCAGAUGUUGCAAAGACUGCACUCACAAUUGUAAUGGGGUGUUGCCAUCAGCCCUAGCUUCUGGUGCUGAUAUGUCCUUCUCGUGGAUGGCUUGAGCAACCAGGCGAUCAAAAAAUUAACCCAGAGCAGCAACCUUCUGUCACUCUACCCAGUUGUUUCAAAGGCAGCAUCUGGAAAUGUAAGACUUAAGGCAUUGGCAAUGGCACCAGCCCAAGGUAAAUGCUCAUUUGGGCAUUGACCCUGCACUUCUCUUUUGCUGUCUUCUAUACUCUUAACCUCUUCGAAUCAAAAUUUGAGUAAGUUGACGUGUUGGGUGCAUCAAAAUUGUAACUUUGUUACAUUGGUUUGGCUUUGAAAGUUACAUUGUUGAAACA